AUGGCACACACCACAGCGAAGUCUGUGCGGAAUCCUAAACCAGCCCAAUUUACAUCCAUUCAUGAAUCUGUGACGUCAGCAAGGCUUUGGGCUCCUUUGCGGUGGGCUGGAGGAUUGUGUGGGUGGAAUCCCCCUCCCCUUUAUUUUCUUAAUUCCGCAAGGCUCUCUAAAUUAACCUUCCAUCUUUUUAAAGCAAGAAAAUGGAACAGCAUGUGUAGGAAUUCUUCACUGUUGUUUUGGAGCCGUCUCUUCCAUCAGAACUCUGUCCCCUUACCCCUCUGAGUACCAUCUCAGGACGCUGUGCACACUCAUGGCACGAUGGCUGACCCUCAGGAGCACCUGAGCUGCUCCUCCUCCCCACACCUGCCCUUGAGUGAAAACAGAACCUUCAAUGGACUUCAAGAUGAACUCUCACCUAUGGGGAGCCAUCCUGCACCCCAGCUCCUUAAGGACCUGCAGGAAAAGGGGGUGGUGCCAACAGAGCCAACUGAGACCAUGAGCAGCCCCAUCACCACAACUGUGUUGACCAGCGUAAGUGAGGAUUCCAGGGACCAGUUUGAGAACAGUGUUCUUCAGCUACAGGAACAAGAUGAAUCAGACAUGGCCAUGUCUCAGGGGAACAACACAGUGGAUGGAGAGAGCACAAGUGGAACUGAGGACAUCAAGAUUCAAUUCAGCAGGUCAGGCAGUGGCAGUGGUGGGUUUCUCGAAGGACUAUUUGGCUGCUUAAGACCGGUGUGGAAUAUUAUUGGGAAGGCAUAUUCCACUGAUUACAAAUUGCAGCAGCAAGAUACUUGGGAAGUGCCAUUUGAGGAGAUCUCAGAGCUGCAGUGGCUUGGUAGUGGAGCCCAAGGAGCUGUCUUCCUAGGCAAGUUCCGAGCAGAAGAGGUGGCCAUCAAGAAAGUAAGAGAACAGAAUGAGACGGAUAUCAAGCAUUUGAGGAAGUUGAAGCACCCUAACAUCAUCGCUUUCAAGGGUGUUUGUACCCAGGCCCCGUGUUACUGUAUCAUCAUGGAGUACUGUGCCCAUGGACAACUCUACGAGGUUUUGCGAGCUGGCAGGAAGAUCACUCCUCGGUUGCUAGUAGACUGGUCUACAGGAAUUGCAAGUGGAAUGAAUUAUUUGCACCUUCAUAAAAUUAUUCAUCGUGAUCUCAAAUCACCUAAUGUUUUAGUGACUCACACAGAUGCAGUAAAAAUUUCAGAUUUUGGUACAUCCAAGGAACUCAGCGAUAAAAGUACCAAGAUGUCCUUCGCAGGCACAGUGGCAUGGAUGGCGCCGGAGGUGAUCCGCAACGAGCCUGUCUCUGAGAAAGUCGAUAUAUGGUCUUUUGGAGUGGUGCUUUGGGAACUGCUGACAGGAGAGAUCCCUUACAAAGAUGUAGACUCUUCAGCCAUUAUUUGGGGUGUUGGAAGCAAUAGCCUACACCUUCCAGUUCCUUCCACUUGCCCUGAUGGAUUCAAAAUCCUUAUGAAACAGACAUGGCAGAGCAAACCCCGCAACCGACCAUCUUUUCGGCAGACACUCAUGCAUUUAGACAUCGCAUCUGCAGAUGUACUUGCCACCCCACAAGAAACUUACUUCAAGUCUCAGGCCGAAUGGAGAGAAGAAGUGAAAAAACACUUUGAGAAGAUCAAAAGUGAAGGAACUUGUAUUCAUCGAUUAGAUGAAGAAUUGAUCCGAAGGCGCAGAGAAGAGCUCAGGCAUGCUUUGGAUAUUCGUGAACACUAUGAGAGGAAACUUGAGCGGGCUAAUAAUUUGUACAUGGAGCUGAGUGCCAUCAUGCUGCAGCUAGAGAUGCGGGAGAAGGAGCUCAUUAAGCGUGAGCAAGCAGUGGAAAAGAAGUAUCCUGGGACCUACAAACGACACCCUGUGCGUCCAAUAAUCCACCCCAAUGCCAUGGAGAAACUCAUGAAGAGGAAAGGGGUGCCUCACAAGCCUGGGAUGCAAACCAAACGGCCAGAUCUGUUGAAAUCUGAAGGUAUCCCUAAUAUGGAGGUGGCUCCUGCUGCAUCCCCUUUAUCAGGGAGCCCCAAAAUGUCCACCUCAAGCAGCAAGAGCCGAUAUCGGAGCAAACCACGCCACCGCCGAGGGAAUAGCAGAGGCAGCCAUAGUGACUUUGCAGCGAUCUUAAAAAACCAGCCAACUCCAGAAAAUUCACCUCACCCCCCUUACCUACACCAGGCUCAAUCCCAGUACCCUCCUCUGCAUCACCAUGAUCCUCUGCAGCAGCAAUACCAGCAACCCCCUCCUGCCAUGUCUCAGAGUCACCACCCCAGGCUCAAUAUGCACGGGCAGGACAUUGCAACUUGCGCCAAUAACCUGAGGUAUUUUGGGCCAGCAGCAGCCCUGCGGAGCCCACUCAGCAACCAUGCUCAAAGACAGGUGCCUGGCUCCAGCCCUGACCUCAUCUCCACAGCCAUGGCAGCAGAUUGCCGGAGGAGUCCCGAGCCAGACAAGGGCCAAGCUGCCCGCUGGGGCUGUUGUCCGGCUGAGCCCUAUGACUCCUACCUCCAAUGCAGGCCAGAACAGUGUGGGUCCCUAGACGUGCCCUCAACUGAGCCAGCAGGGAGGAGCUCCAACCUUUUUAAGUCACCAGCACACAAUCCUCUCUCGGAAAAUGCGCAAAGUUCUGAGAAAAUAGAAGAAAAUGAAUUCAAUGGCUGUAGGUCCACAUCAUCCCUUGGCACCCCUCAUCACAUCACCCCACCACUGCUACCUCGAAAAACAAGGCCUCUUCAGAAGAGUGGAGAUGAUUCCUCUGAAGAGGAAGAAGGGGAAGUAGAUAGUGAAGUUGAAUUUCCACGAAGACAGAGGCCCCACCGCUGUAUCAGCAGCUGCCAGUCAUACUCAACCUUCAGCUCCGAGAACUUCUCCGUGUCUGAUGGAGAGGAGGGAAAUACCAGCGACCACUCCAACAGUCCCGAUGAGCUGCCUCACAAACUUGAAGACCGCCUGGCAGAGAAGCUGGAUGACCUGCUGUCCCAGACGCCAGAGAUCCCCAUCGAGAUAUCCUCGCAUUCAGACGGGCUCUCCGACAAGGAGUGCGCUGUGCGCCGCGUGAAGACGCAGAUGUCGCUGGGCAAGCUGUGCGUGGAGGAACGUGGCUAUGAGAAUCCUAUGCAGUUUGAAGAAUCGGACUGUGACUCUUCAGAAGGGGAGUGUUCUGAUGCCACCGUUAGGACCAAUAAGCACUACAGCUCUGCUACUUGGUAAUGCGAGAAUACCCACCCCGAAGAGCUCGUGGCUAUCCUGGCAUUUCAAGUCCAUCCCACCCCUGACUCUUCCCACUCUCUCCCUGCUUUUUUGUCUGGGAAAGAGAGCUGCCCUAUCUUUCUUACCCCUAGAAAUGAGCUGCAAUAACAGGAAAUUGAGACUUUGCAAAUCUCUGGAAAAAAUAUCCAAAUGAAAUUAAGUCUCACUGAACAUUUCAAUCAAGAAUGGCAGGGAUCUAUUUUAUUGAAUAUUCUAGCUACUGUAACAUUGAUAUUUAUUUUUGUUUGACAUUUUAACACUUUGUACUGUAAAGAGUGAACUAUAUGAUAUAUAGAAAGACAAUAAUUUCUUGCUUAAAAAAAAGAGAGAGUGAGAGAGAGAGAAAGGAAGAAAGAAAGAAGUGGAAUCUAGGAGCAACAUCCUUGGGAAUUUGUGGGGCCAGGAGGUUUUAUUGCUACUUGAACAGGGGACCAAUUCUUUUGGACAUAAGUGACUGAAGAAGAGCCAGAGCAAGACAUAUUGAGCAUUUUAGAAAAUGCUUUUCCUUUCAGCAACAGGAAAUCAAUUUUAGAUAACUGGUGACAGAUUACAUUAGCUUGUCCAGAUGGGUAAUGGGAAUGACCUAGAAAAGUUUGGUGACCAGAUACUUGUGUCCAAGGUCUUUGAGCGCAUGUGCUUCCUCUAGGAGGAAAAGGAAAACUGUAUGUGGAAGCUGAUUUCAUUUUUAAAAUUUUAAGCAGUAUUUGGUAGUGAGACUUACAGUGUCAAACCUUAUCCUUGACAAAUACUUCCCUUUUUAAUGCUGUCAUUGUCAUUUCCUUGACCAAUGUGUUGACUUGUCAGACUCAAGUGCCAUUUUCUUCUAGCUUUUUCCUUUCACCUGUUGACCACUUCCUUCAGGAGAAAAGGAGGGUCAACUGAGGCAGAGAGCAGGGCAAAAGAAAAAAAGAAAAUCUACAACAGUGUUGGAAAAGCAAACAUGGAAUCUGUAAGAGUGCAUUCUCAGAAUGUCUCAGUUCAGCCGCGGGGAGAAGAUGCGACCCUCCCUCUGUGGAACCAGGCUGCUUGUCUCCUAGAGUCAGACUGAUGCUAACUGGACAGACUUUGAAGACAGUUAGAUAUGUGUGAGUCUGUCCCAUGUCCGGUCCCAAACUGUCCCCUUGGUUUGUAUUCGCUAACUCCUAUCUUGGAAGUUUUAGUGACUGAUUACAACUAUCAUAGUAAAGGCAAACUAGGCAACUUGCAAAAGGCAACCUCUCUCCCACCCCAGUAGCAUUUUUGUUAAAUGCUACUUGUAAAAAAUGUCUUUUACCUCCCUUUGGAUCAAUGCAGUUUUGAAUCAUUGGAUUUAAAAAUUUGUAGAAAGAGCAACUUCUGCUGAGCAGCAAUUGAAAAGAUUUUACAUUGUCCAAAGCAUGAGGUCCCUCAUGUCUCCAGGGUCAUGAGCUCUGCAAAUCAUCCCAAGGUACUUCACAGUGCCUUGGCUUGAAGGAAGUAUUUUUAGCUAGAAUUUUAUAUAAAAAUAGAUGUUGGCCUAGUUGCGGUCUGUCUUCAAGGUAGGUUACUGUCAAACAACCUCUCGAGGCUCAAGACUUCAGAAGAUGGCUGUUCUCCUUGACAGUGCCUCACCUGGACAUUAGGAAAGACUGACACAUACAUGGAUUACACCAUCUCCCGUGCGGACGAAAACGUGGCCCACUGCUGGGGUUCGCUGAUGGCGUCAGCCAAAAAAGGAAAAGCAGGAGGGAAUGUAGCGUGGUUCCUUUGCUUGUUUGAUCCCUCCAUUUGUUUACAUUUUAUGUUGAGACAGUGAUUUAAAUUUUCGUGUUAUAGCUCUUAGGUAGGAUGAAGGAAAAUGUUUAACUUAUACAGAGAGCAGUAUUGUUUGCAUUAAAUUAUUCCCUUUUGUACAAAUUCUGUAGCUGGACUACAUGAAAGAUCUUAAGUUAUGGCAUUCUUAUCAUUGUUAUUUUAUUUUAUAAUAAUUAUCAUUAUUCUCAUUUUCUGUCGAUCAGAAGGUGUGGUUUAUGGUGCAGCACAAUGAUUGUGUUUAUUGCUAACCAUGAAUUAUUAUGGAUUUUUAUGAUUUUU